CUUGUAGCACCUCCCUCUAUAAUCAGCAUAGUCUUGACAGAUGACUGAGGUGCAUGCUGACAGUACUGAUCAGAGCACUGAGGAGGGUACAAAGACAUGGAGACCAAAGCAAAUAAAAGGGAACAAUGGAUCAAGAAAAGGGAAUAUAUUCUGGCAGCUGCAGGCAAUAUGAUAGGUCUGGGCAAUGUGUGGAGAUUUCCCUACCUUUGCUAUAAGAAUGGAGGAGGUGUCUUUUUGUUGCCUUAUAUCUUCUUUGCUGUUCUGUGUGGUGUGCCACUCUACUUGCUGGAGAAUACGAUCGGUCAGUUAACACAAGAGGGUGCCAUCACCUGCUGGAACAAAGUCUGCCCAAUUUCAAAGGGAACUGGUUAUGCUAUCAUGGUGAUCCAGCUUUAUUCCAGACUCUACAUCAUUGUCCUGGCCUGGGCCCUCCUAUACCUCAUCUACUGUUUCAGGGCCACUCUCCCCUGGGCUACCUGCAACAAUCCUUGGAACACAGACAGAUGUGUGGACCUCACAUCUGCAAACUGGACUGCAGUACACAGUGGCAACCUGUCAGUAAAUUGGACCCCUGAAAAUCUCACCAAGUCUUCGGCCUCUGAGUUCUGGGAGAGAGGAGUGUUGUCCAUGUCUGGAGGAAUAGACGAGGUUGGCACAGUGAAAUGGGAGUUGUUGCUGUGUCUCCUGGCCUGCUGGGUGGCUUGUUACUUCUGCAUUUGGAAAGGUGUCCGCUCCACAGGAAAGGUGGUGUAUGUCACGGCGGUGUUCCCCUAUGUAAUGUUGGCCAUCUUGCUGGUCAGGGGGUUGACACUGCCCGGAGCCUGGCAGGGUGUGGUCUAUUACCUUUAUCCAGAACCUUCUCGUCUGGCAGACCUUCAGGUGUGGAUGGAAGCCUGCGCUCAGGUCCUCUUCUCCUAUGGUGUUGCAUCAGGGACCUUAAUCACUCUGGGCAGCUACAACAAAGUAGACAACAACUGUUACAGGGACAGUUUGUGGUUGUGUAUGCUCAACAGUUGCACCAGCCUCAUUGCUGGGUUUGCUGUCUUCUCAGCUCUGGGUUUCAUGGCUCAGGCUCAGGAUGUUCCCAUCAACAUGGUUGUCGAUUCAGGACCUGGUCUUGCGUUUAUUGCAUUUCCUCAGGCUUUGGCCAUGAUGCCCCUGCCUCAGUUGUGGUCUGUCUGCUUCUUCAUCAUGCUCAUAAUGUUGGGGCUCGACACAGUGUUUGCAGGUUUGGAAACAAUAACAUCAUCAGUGAUUGACAUGUUCCCAGGAACGAUGCGCGGACCUUGGCGUAGAGAAAUAUUCCUCCUUCUCUUCUGCUCUGUCUGCUUCGUCAUACAGAUCCCUCUCACCACUCAGGGAGGAGUCUAUCUGUUCCAGCUGGUUGACAACUAUGGAGCUAAUGGAGCAUGCAUUUUAUUUUUGUCUUUUGUCCAGUGUGUGGCUGUUGGGUGGGGCUUUGGUGCUGAGCGGAUGUGUGAUGCAGUUGAGGAGAUGACAGGACAGAGGCCAUGGUUUAUUUUCAUACUGUGUUGGCGUUACUUUACCCCACUGAUCUGCAUGGUUUGCUUCAUCUGUUCCUUUGUGGACUAUCAGGCCCUGACAUUUGGUAACUAUGUGUAUCCAGACUGGGCCUAUUAUCUUGGCUGGGUCAUAACACUAUCCUCCAUAGUUGUAAUACCCAUCUGGGCUAUUGGCAAGAUUUGCCUCACAAAGGGCUCCCUCAAACAGUGUCUGUUGGUCCUAUGGCAUCCUGUUAGUGACCCUGUUGGUCACAAGAAAAAAGACAUGAAAGAAACAGAGUUGACACCAAUAUCUGCUCCUCUCCCUGACAUGUUGAGUAUUUUUUGAAAGGCUGCCAAAACAAAAGCACAUCAGAUAAUUGGUGAAAGUACUUUGCAUGAUACUAUGAAAACAUCCAAACAUUUUUAUAUAUCUUAACAUGAUUGUUCUUGACAUGUGUGAGCCGGAUAUAGCACUAUGAUAUACUGACGGUGUGCAAUUAUGCAAAUGUAUGCAACUUUAAGUUGCAAUUUUUUACCAUCCUUUUCUGACACUGCUUGUGUAAGUAAAACCUCUUUAUAGCACUAUAUAUUAUUUACUCAUCUGCUACAUUUUUGUGUUAUGGUAGUUAUACAUACAAUUUCCAUGACACUGUGGAGUUUUUUGUUGUUUCUUUUCUGUAUAUUUGAGAAAAACUCACUGUAUGAACCCUAGAUGUUUAGAAAACAUGUAUAAAAGUUCCUUCUUCAUGAAAA